AUGGGACAGUCCAUUACCAAACUUCGUAAAGAAGUUACAAGUCCACAAGAAGGACAGAAACGAGAGUUUGAAGAACGUCUUCAGAUCCUAGAAAAAAUGAUCGAGCAAAGACUUGAGAUUGAGAAGAUCGCCAUCUUGAACGGUGAGAAAAAUGACCAAGAAAUUGAUACUGGUACCAUUGUGUCUUUACACAAAAUGGUGUUUAUAAAAACAGAAAAAAAGGAAAGCGAUGACUUGAAAAAAGUGAUCCAUCAAUUAUUUUCCGGUGACUUUAUCGGAGGGCUUGAAUCUAUUGUUGGGUUGGGUGCAGAAUCCGUUCUUGGUAAUGACAGCGUGGGAGAGUACGAUUCAACUGAUAUGUUUAUUGUCUGGAGUGACAAUGCUCUACUUCGUUGUGAUACGUACUAUUACCGAUGGAACUUUGUGUCAAAAUCUGUGAUAAACGAAAUAGAAGGAGUGACUGGUUGUCUUUUGAUGAAACGAGUGAUUGAUAUAACAAAAACCGAUCCUCAAGUGUUGACCUGGGCUAUAACAAGAAUGGCAGAUCGUUUCAAUAACGUGACAGAAGAGAAAUCAGCUGACUCUAAAGAUGGG